UUCCUCGCUGCUGCAGGUUGAAUCAGUUGCCCUUGUUUCCUGUCACAUGGCUUGGAAAUCGGAUCCCUGCUUUCUACUAUCUGCUCUCGUCGCCGUGGUGGUGUCAGUCCAGUUGCAGUAGUAGUAACUUGGAGACGUAUCAACUUUUACUUGGAGUUGUAACGAGGAGCGAAGAGAGCGACGCGAAGUCCCCCCAGUAUCCGGUGUGCAGGCAUCGCUUCCCCGAUCCGUAGUCCACCUGAGGUCCUUCAACCUGUCCUUGCGCCGUAUCCCCCCUCACCAUGGAUGCCUGGACAGUCACCUCCGCGCUGUUCCUCGCUGGGUUCAUCUCUUCAGCGGCUUUCAGUCAUUUUGACACGGAGUGCUACACGGCUAACGGAGAGGACUACAGAGGGUUUCAGAACGUGACCAGCCUGCAUGGGGGUAAACCUUGUCUGUUUUGGAAUGAGACGUUUCAGCACCCAUACAACACACUCAAAUACCCCAACGGAGAGGGCGGACUGGGCAGCCAUAACUACUGCAGGAAUCCAGAUGGAGACGUUCAGCCUUGGUGCUACAUCGCAGACCAUGAAGAUGGCAUCUACUGGCGCUACUGUGACAUCCCCACCUGCCAGAUGCCUGGAAACUUAGGCUGUUACAAAGACAGUGGGGACCCUCCAACUCUGUCCGGCUCCAGCGAGACGUCCAACAAACUCACCAUUCAGAACUGUAUCAGCUUCUGCCGCAAGCAGAGAUACAAGUUGGCCGGGAUGGAGUCGGGAUACGCCUGUUUCUGUGGCAACGAGGUGGAGCUGCAGGAGAGCGGGGAGUCACCUGGGAUGGAGUGUAACCAUGUCUGCUUCGGCAACCACAACCAGCCAUGUGGGGGCGACGGAUGGGUCAUCAUAUUUGACACUCGUGUGGGGGCCUGCGGUGGCAACUACACAUCCCCUUCUGGAGUCAUCUACUCUCCUGAUUUUCCUGACAAGUACAACCCUGGCCGUGUGUGUUACUGGACCAUACAAGUACCGGGGGCCUCUGCCAUCAUCUUCAACUUCACCUUCUUUGACAUUUCGGACCAGACAGACAUGGUGGAGAUGUUGGACGGUUACACGAACCAGGUGGUGGCACGUUUUGACUGGCGUAGCCCACCACGAGAGCUGGUCAAUAUCACUGGAGAUUUUGUCAUCUUGUACUUCUUCUCCGAUCGCACCAACCAGGCCCAAGGAUUCGCCCUGCUUUACCAAGCACUCCGAGAUCCAGACAGACCCGACUCCGAAGAGGAUGGGGAGGGCAUUUCCAGUACCACAGGCCCACAGCUGGCUGGAGGAGUGACUGAGCGUUCCAACGGCACCACCGGGGGGCGCUCUACUUCGAUCCUCUACGUCAUCACGUCCAGCCCUGGGAAACCGGAGCACAACAUGCCAGGUCAGUGGGCUGGACGCUCCCAGACCACCGGCCACAGCGCUAUGUGGACCAUCUAUGCUCUGGCCGCUCUGCUCAUCCUCACUGUCAUCGCCAUGGUGGCCAAGCUGCUGCUGCACAUCACAGUCAAGGCUCCGAACAUCCCAACAGUAAGUGGUUCGGACAGCUGCAGUCAGAGCACCACAUCUUCAGAGCCUUGGAUCAUCCUUUACCGACCUUCCACCAUCUCCCUGUUCAAGAAGAAGCUAAAGAACCACCACGGAGACCUCAGCCCCCUGGUGGGCAACUAGAGCCACUGCCGCCAUCGUUGCUGCUGCUGCUGAUAAUAAUGAUGAUGCGCUUCACUGAGAACUAAUCACUUCCCUCAAUUCUUUUGUGUAUGCCGAACGCCAGGACUACACCAAAUAGGACUCGGAUGAGCAAGCUAAAGCUAACAAGCUAAACAAGUGCGUGGCUAAGAGCUAAUGAAUGGGGAACUGCUACUAAAAUGGCAAUAAGGCCAGAGCGGCUGGGCCAAAGAGGAGAGGACGCGAGGGGUAUUCCGUGAAAGCAGUGGACUAUCAAGUAAAACAAAUUGCUCGUAAAGGGUUUGUAGUUCCAUUACUACAAAAUGAUGCCCUUCAAGAUUUUGCAAACUGUGUUGAGGGACUAAAACAAGACUUUACUGUACGUACUGCUAGCGCUACCUGCAGUUCACCAGUGUCAAAACAAGUUGGACACACACAUAACUGCCUCAUAUGGACCAAAAACAAUCCUUCCAUCCAAAGAAACACGUAUUUGUUUGUUUUCUUGUGCAAACUUUUCUGUCGAGUUUUGCAGGACAUGAGCUCUCCGAGGAUGACGACAUGAAAUAAUAAUAAGUCGGAAAGAUGGAUACCACAGCACUUUGGGGAAUAAAUCAUGCGUUAUAAAAGAUCUAAGGCUGGUGCUCGCCCACUCUUCACUCGCUGUGGAUUCGGGUGGGGAGAAGAAACCGCAACAUGUACCCGAGGGGGUUAGUUGUGUUGGAAAGACGGGUGGUGCAGAUUGCAGACAAGCUAACUGCCAUUUAGGGAUUGGCUGGGGUAGAUCUGAGAGAGGUGUACGUUUGCUUGUGAGUGAGGGAGUGGGUGGUUUUCCGGUCUGAUCGGGUUUAAGUAAAGUGCCUUAAGGAUCUGUCUUGGAAGGUUCACAUCUAUUUGUGUGACCAAGGCUUGUCUGUGGACUGAGCACUUGUUUAAGAUCACUAUGAGGUCUUUGAUUAAGAAAUGGCAGAAAUGAAUGGUAAAUGUUGAUACCAUAUAAGCAGAGGUGGGUGAAGUGCACGAUGUUGUUACUUUAGUAAAAGGACAAGUAAAAGUAUAAAUAUCACAUGAGAAAAUUUACUUAAUUAAAAGUACGAAAGUAGGCUACAUGUUUUAAAAUUUACUUAAAGAGUAAAAAGUAUUUUGCACAGGUUUUGAAAGUUUUUCAGAACUGUUAAAAAAUGUAGUGGAGAGUGAAGUACAGAUACAGGCUGUUAAUAUAAUGAAGUAAAACUAAAAAGUAUCCACUAUAAAAUGUACUUAAGUAAUGUACAGAUGCCUAAAAUAUAUACUUAAGUACAGUACUUAACUACUUUUACUUCAUUACAUUUCAGCACCGGAAAUCAGUUAAAUUUACUUGGGUAAUCUUUAAAAAUAAUGCAGUUCUCAAAAUAUUUUUUUUAAUACCCGAGUUUUACUUCUAUUUUAGUAUUUUAAAGUAACUGAACUUUGAACAUUUGAGUUUUCAAUUUUUUGGAAAUACCAGAUUCUACACUUUGUGGUCUGAUUUGUCUGUCUAAUUACAUUCCAGUUACGCAGUAAGAUAUAAUGUUUACCAAAUACUAUUAUAUUUGGGUCACAACUAUUUACUUCUGCUAAUACUAUUCUAAAGUAAUACAUAGUGUACAUAGAGUACAUAGUUACUCUACCCACCUCUGACUAUAUGUGUAAACCAAGAGUAAACCUAGUAGACUGGACAGUGGACAUUGUGAGCACAUUGUCUUAAAGGGCCCAUAUUAUGCUAUAUUCUGAUCUAUGUUAUAAUGUUUUCUCAUCACAAACAUACCUGGAGAAAACUCUGUUCCACCUUGUGAUAUCAUCUGGUAAUACGGUGCUCCGCUGUGUUUUUAAAUUACACACAUCUUCACUAGAAUCAUUUGCAUAACUUCAGCCCUGUAAAUGCCAAUUUCUACUGAACAAAGAUAAAAGUUAACUUGAAAACUACCACUUCAUGACAUCACAAGGUGGAACAGAGCAUUUUGAGCUGUGGAGAUAUAGACAGAGUAAUAAUACGGGAUUACUCAAGCAUGUGUGAAUGAAACAAAACUUAACUCUGGGUAUGUUUUUGAGGAGGUAACAACAUAACAUAACAUAACUUGGCUUAAAGCUCACAAGAGUUAAUUUUGCGUAAUAUAGGACCUUUAAAGUACCAACCUCUUUCUGUAGUACAAGAUAGCUGUUAUUUCUCGUGUCUGUCUGCGUGCUCUGUCUGCAUAGUCUGGGACAUUUACUGAGCAUAUUGUUCACAUUUAGUUGUCCUCUGAUUAGAAGGGGGCACAUGUCAUUGUUGUACAUUAUGUAAUUCAGUCUGGGGAUGAUGAUAUUUAUGUCAGCUCUUUUAUCUGGUGUUUUGACAAAAGCAAAGACAGCAAACUUUUAUAGAUUCACACACAAGCUUCUCAAAUGUGGAAAACAAUUUUAUGCAGUAAAAUAUUUGCAACUUGCUACAGGACCCAUGGCACGUAAUCCAGUUGAAAUACAGGGAGAUUGAGAUAUGUUGUUACAGUUUUUAAAGGUGCGUUGUGUAACUUUUCUGGUGGAGGGUCCAUCAAAGGCUUUUCGCUAAGGAGAUGUAAUUGCUUUAUCUGGAUUGUUUCACAGUAUGUUAUUAAACCUUUCUAGCUCCAUGAAAACCAAACUAGAGCAAGUUACAGGUCAGAUCUGUGGAGAGGCGACCCCGCUCACAAUGGGAAUUCCUGUUUUUAUAGGUAUUUUUGAACUAUAAAACCACCCGUAAUUGAAUGAAUGUAAAGUAGAGCUGUUUAUGUCAUACUGUGGAAUAUUCCAGGUAGAGAAAUGACAUAUCCAUAGAAACAAGCAGGUGACGGAGGCCCCAACCAAAAAGUUACACCUUAAAGAUUCACUAAACACCAGAAAAUGCUUUUUUUCACUGAUGUACAGCGUAAUUUUGUUAGUAAGUUGCUGUUUCCAUCAUAUUUUUAUGUUAUGACUAAUAAUGUUCAAAUGUUUCUAAAUAUAUGAACCCAUACUAUACAGAGAACAACUGUUUCCCAACCUUUUCUCCUGGAAAUAUCAGCGUCAUCGUGACAAACUUACCCAGUGUAACAACAUGUCUCUGGAGCCUGAGCAGUGACUUUUAAACUACUUCUGAAAGGUCAAAAUACAGUCACUGCACCAUCUGCAUAGUAAUUGUCCUUCACUGUUAAACUAAAGGGAACUCCUCUCAGUACAGGGUCAACCCAUUAAAUCAACUGACUUCCUGUAAACAAUGAUUAGCAUAUUGAUUGGAUGUUAACAUGAGAUUUAUACCAAAUGCCCUUUCAACUUUUUAUUUAGGUUUGGGACUGUCAUAACAUUGGUUCUUGGUUUCUAUCUUUUGUGCACUUACAUUGCAUCCAUAUUGCAGAACUAUUUUUAAAUUACAGCAAUUUAAAGAAACGUACUUACCACAUCCAAGCACUUGAGGCAUGAAUUAAAAUGUAAACAGAAGUUGAAUAGCUAAUUUGUAGUUACAAACAUUUUUGAUUGCAAGAGAAAAACUUUCUCUAUAUACUAUAUUAAUUAUUAUAAAGAAAAACAGCAGGCCAAGUAUGCAAGAAAUUGAAAAAAAAAUGACAAGUGAAAGUAAAGAGAAAAGUUUGUGUGUGUUUGUGUGUCAACUUCAACUUCAGAUCUGACAGUGCGGCUCAGAGGAGGAUUUUGGAAACCCAGUCUUUUUAUUUUAUUAUGCAAACUGAAAUAUUUAGGCCUGUCAAGCAUCUUCUGAGAGAUUUGAAAUGGAGGUCCACUUAGCUGACAUAAGAAUCACUAACAUCAUGAGUUGUGCAUUGACCAAAUCAUUGUUUUCAUGCAAUUGUACAUAGUUUAGUGAAAUGUUUAAUUUAUACAGUAAAUUAUUGAUUGUUCUUUUGUAUGUGAAUGGGAUAUAAUCUAUCUUUUGUAUAAGUGAAGUACUUUGUAGUUUUAUUUAAUGUGUCCUGGUCGCAAUAAACACUGUAUGCAUGUUUCGUAA